ACCAAAUAGUCUGUUUUUCUGUCUGUCAGAGCUCUGAAUGGAUUUAUUUUCAAUCCUUCAAAAUUAAAGAUUACAUUAUUUAAUUUGUUGAUUAGUCCCCCAAACAGCUGCAUUUUAUGAUUGAUGAAGGUCAAUCAAAAAAGGAGAUUGGGUGGGGCUGCAUUUAAAAUGUUGGAUCCAGAUGUAGCCUGACUAUCUGUCUUGAGCCUCCAUGUAACCUUAAUAAAUGUUUUGUUUAUGACUCCCACAGGUGGCAAAGGUGAUGCCCAAGGACACGUUUUACUUUUCCAUACUGAGACAUCCUGUUUCCAUGAUGGAGUCUAUCUUUGUUUACUACAAAAGCAUUCCAGCCUUCAGAAAAGCGCACAGCCUGGACGACUUCUUGAAUACCUGCUGGAAGACUUACAGUUCUUCAGAGACCAGCAACCAGUACGCACACAAUGUCCUGGCCUUUGACUUUGGGCUUCCUAACAACGUGGAUCCAAAAGACCUGGACGAGAAGGCUGGUCAGGCAAUUGCAGCCAUAGAGCAGGACUUCCAGCUGAUUCUGAUUUCUGAUUACUUCGAGGAGUCCAUGGUACUGCUCAAGCACGUCCUCUGCUGGUCCCUGGAGGACGUGGUGUCGUUCAGGCUGAACAGUCGUAGUGAGUGGACCCAUAACAAAAUUUCACCCGAAACUGCAGAGCGGAUCAAGAGAUGGAACGCCUUAGACUGGAGGAUUUACCUGCACUUCAACACCACCUUCUGGACCAAAGUAGACCACCUCAUUGGACGGCAGAAGAUGAAGGCAGAGGUAUCACAGCUGAGGAUGUUGCAGGCCAAGUUAGCAAGAACCUGUCUCAAAGGCGAAGGGGCCGUUGACCCAUCAAAAAUAGAGGACUCUGACCUGAAGCCGUUUCAGUACGGAGCAGCUGUAAUCCAAGGAUACAACUUAAACCCCAACCUUGACACACAAAGCAAGAGGAAAUGUCAGAGACUCGUCACUCCAGAGCUGCAGUACACACAUCAGCUUUAUGCACGGCAGUUUCCACAAGCUUCUUCUCACUUCAGACUCCCCACUAAAACCGCCUCUUUCUCGUGGCGAAAAGGGAAAGAGUCUGAAACUAUCGUCCAGAGAUGAGACCUAUAAGGAAACAACGCUGGAGGAACCAAAUAACAAAACAGCUUAAUGAAAAGUUUAGUUUUUAUUUUGUUUUAUUUUAUUUAUUUAUUUUUG